AUGGCUGGUCCCGGUGGCGGUCCUCCCCGCAGGAGCCAUACCAAGUCCCGCUUUGGCUGCAGGACAUGCAAGAAGCGCCAUAUUCGCUGCGAUGAGACCUUCCCUCAAUGCCGCAACUGUACUAAGCACAACUGCCGUUGCGAUUAUAUGGACGUUGCUACCGUCCACGACGAGUCGACCUCCAUUCGUAACGUGCCUGACCUCCUCAUGUCCGCAGAGAUUGAGAUGGAGAUCAAAAACUGGCACCUCACUGGGCUACCACCGUUCCCAGAACUGAUGCAUUUCCCGCGCAACUGCUGGAGCAAGCUAUCACGGACCGACCUCCGUCUCAUUCAUCACAUCAUCGGCCUGUCCAUCGACCUUCACCGGCGUGGGCUCAGCAACUGCACCAUCUGGGCCCAGAAGAUGCCUCUUUUCCUCUCCAUUGCCAUCUCGCAUGACUUUGUCAUGAGCUCGAUCCUGACCCUAUCCGCGACACACCUUGCCUGGAUUACUCGGAACCAGGAAACCAAACAGCUCGCCUUUCACCACCGAGGAACCGCCAUCCAAGGCUUGCAAAAGGCGAUUGGUACUUUCUCCAAGGAGAAUAGCGAUGGUGUCUUGGCUGCCUCGAUUCUGUUGUCGUGGCAGGACAGCGAAUGGCCAAGCUGGGCAUCUCUGCAGCAAGGAGUGACAUCCGUGCUGGACUCGAUGCCGCAAAUCUGGAAGCAAGAGUCCGAACUGGCUCUAUUCCUGGACAACCAACGAUACCUAGCAAACGCAAACUCCCCAGUCAUCUCUGGCUACCGGUUCCAGGAGGAAGACCUCGCGAGCCUUGACCACACCAUCAUGACCCUUCAAACUGUCCAGAAGCGGGUUGCUCACAAUCACGAACACUACCGUCGGCUUGGAGAGCUGCUUGAAUUUGUACGGCAGUUCCAACGCGAUAUCCUUUCCCUUACCGCGGAGCAGGCCUAUCAACGUGUUCAACCACUUCGACAGUGGCUGUUCUGGCUUCCUCCCGCGAUGCUGCGAGGCGGCGAUGGGGAUACCGGCGCCCUGGCUAUUCUGGCGCAAUUCUUUGCUGUUGGAGUAGCUCUCGAUACUCUAUUCCCGGACCUUGGAGGAGCCUAUCUUGGCCCCUUGUCGGUAGGACCCAUUGACGAGAUUUACCGCACUGUCUACUCUCGAAACGCUGCAACCCCCUACAACCCAGAUGUACAGCUCGCCAUGUCCCUCAUGGACCUCCCUCGACACCUAGCUUCCAAAUACCGAUCUCGGGCACAGUGGUCCCCUCGGACAUCAGUGGAUUAUUACUCACCCUCACCUUCAAGUCCCUUUCAAACCAUCCAAGACUACCGCCUAGCAUCAUCAUCUUCUCCCUCGUCAACAUCCGCUACAUACACGCCAUAUACACCGCCCCUCCAGUCUCCCCCAGCGGUGACGAUUGCAGGCUCGCCCUUUGAAAUAUCCGCACCGUAUGUGACGGCACCAGGCUCUGCGAGCCUCUACCCCUCCCCUCGACUCCUCUCAGAUACCCGCGACGAACCGUCCGAUUGCAAUCCGGCCUCGCUUCAACAUUCUCCGACAUAUCCGCCACCGUUUCUGGAAGACAUCGUGUGUGGGCCAGUUUCUCGCGUCGAUGGAGGACUGGGACUGCAUCCUCUGGACCUAUAUGACGAUCCGCCUUCUGCGGUUGGCGACUACGGGACUCCAGAGUCCUGGAGCAUUUGCACCUAA